UGAAAACGGAAGAGAUAUUAACUCAAUAAAAACUCUGUGACUUUGGGCGACUUGGCAGUUGCAGUUUUCCAGGCAGCCAGGAUGGCAGCGUCUAGGCCGUUCCAGACCUUGAUCAACAAGUUGCAAAUGUACUCUCAGAGCCGGAAGAAGUCUGGAGUAGGGGAGUGUGAGGUCCUCCUGCAGCCCUGGAAUCCUGUGAGCUUCCGGAUGCUCUUCUCCACGGAGGACGUUUGUCAAAAUGUUCUGGAGAAAGGGAAUCAUGAGUUAGUGUGGCCAGGAAAAGGGAGAUUCAAGUUAACUGUCCGGUUGCCUGAAGACCCAGAUAAAGCCUCAGUCUCUAAGGAGGCAGUUCCAGAUAAGGAAUCCAGGACAAAAAAAGAAGGUGCAGAAAAAGAUGAUUUGGAUACAACACAUUCUCCCAGCAACACAUCAGAAAAAAUGGAAGAUGUCCCCAAAGAACAUGAAACUGUUCCCUCCAUGGUGGCUUUUGAAAACCUGUCGGAGAAAGUGACUGACAUAGUGCUGACCAUCCUGGUGGAGAAUAUAAGCGGCUUCCCCAGUGACGACUUUAAGGUGGAAGUGAUCCGAGAUUUUGGCGUUGCCAUGGUUACCUUUCAGAGGCCUAUAGAUACCAAAAAAUUUAUUAGUGAUUGUAUCGGUCACCAUUUGAACCGACAGCUGCAGCUUGCCCCGAGACUUCUGGAAACAACAAAUGUAGUUAGGGUGGAAAACCUGCCUCCUGGGGUAGAUGACUACCAGCUGCAGCUCUACUUUGAAAACCCUUUCAACGGGGGCAGAAGAGUCACCCAGGUUGAGUGUUUCCCAGAAGAGAGCUCGGCGCUGGUUGAGUUUUCAGACAGCAAAGUGUUAGACACCAUUCUGGCCAAGAAGCACAGUUUCAACAGGAUGCCACUGUCUGUCUUCCCCUAUUAUCCUUCUCUGGGCACAGCCUUGUAUGGUGAGGAGAAGCCGCUGGUCAAGCUUCCAGCAUCUUUCCAAGAGUCACUGGGCCUUCCUUUGUGGAAGUUCUUUCAAAAACAUAACCAUCUGAUUGAGGAGAUAAAUGACCAAAUGAGACGCUGUCACUGUAAGCUAACAUGGUCUGACAUCAACGGCACAGUGACCGUCAGACCUGCUGCCAACUUAGUCAUUCACAGACCAAGCAUCAAGACCUGGCAGAGAGACGCCUCCGAGGUGCUGUCUGACAUCAAGUAUGAAGUUAAGAUGUUUGAAAUGUAUCUGACACUGUGGGACAUCAUACAGCAUGAGGUAGGAGAUGACAGGGUUCUCGUUGAGUUUGAUAAGGAGAGUCUCACCUUAGCCAGAAUAUCAGAAGAUGUCCAAGACAUCAGCCAGAAAAUCAAGGAGUUAAUAGACAGCACCACAGAAAAGGUCCGAAAGGAGGAGCAGAGUCUGGAGGAGAACGUGGCCAUUUCUCCGGGGAAACACUUUCUUUUGGAACACAGUGGUUCCCUGGAUGAUCUAAGGAAAGAGAACCCAGAGGUGGAGAUUCAUUACGAUGCUGCCACUCAGCACCUGUGCUUCAAGGGAUUCCGUGCAGAUGUGUAUAGAGUAAAGUGUGACAUUCAGGAAAAGGUGUAUUCCAUGGCUCAGAAAGACAUCCCGAUUCCUUCUGAAGUCUUCAUGUUUCUGCAGCAAGUAGACAGUCAGGAAUUCUCCAAGACUCUUUUUGAAGCACAGAAAAUUCUUGCCACAUACAAGCUGAAAGGUAAAGGUCUUCUCUUGAUGGCCUGUUCUUUCAGAGCCCUGGCUGAAGCAGAGGAGAAAAUGCUCAAUGCCUUAAGUUACAAGCUCAUUGAAGUUGAAAACAAGGAAGUUCUUAGAGGCAAUGUAUGGAGAAAGAAAAUUCAACCUCUGCAAAAAAGACACUCCUCCACUGCAAGCAUCAUGAUAAAGAAUGAAUUAACUUCAGGAACCCCGGCGGAGGUCAUCAUUGCAGGCUGUGUGAAAGAAGUAAAUGAAAUUUAUGGCCAACUUUUUGAGUUCUUGGAGAACACCAUGAAAAUUGAAACACUGUUUGAAAUUGAAUCGAUCUUGAUUUUUUUUGAGUAUUUAAGGGCAAAGAAGAAUCUGUUCUGGCCAAAGAUAAGGAAGGCCAAUGUGCAGGCAAGUUUUAAGCUGGAAGAUGAACUUUUUCUAACUGACUACAUUUUACUAACUGACUACAAGAGUAAAGUUCUAGAGUGCAUGAACAUGGUCAAGGAAAUCCGGGAUUCAGUCUGCAUUAAAAGGUUCCACAUUGAUGAGCCUGGUGCUAGGCACUUCUUCCAGGACAAAGCAUCCUAUUACAGUGUAGAUUUUCCCUCUACACUGGACUUCUUCCCAAAUCACUUAGGAGUAGAGAUUGGUGUGUCUGUAAGGAUCACCCAUGUCGUUGUCAACUCCAUUCCCUCGGAUCUUGUGCUCAAUAAAGGACCCCUUUCUAAGGCCUUACUGGAAAAGGCCGGGCCAGAACUCCAGAAGGAACUGAAUGAAGCAGGACAAGGGGUCUCUGUCAAGGCAGGCACAAUCCUACAAACCAGUGGCUGUAACCUGAACUGCCACCACGUAUUUCAUGUGGUCGCUCCACAGUGGAAAGUCGACAACAGUGCAUGGUCACUGAAGAUCAUGAAAAACAUCAUCAGAGACUGUCUAGGAAUCGCUGAGGCACUGUCUCUGCAAUCAAUUGGAUUUCCAGCAAUAGGAACAGGAAAUCUGGGGUUUCCUAAACCCGAAUUUGCUAAAUUGAUAAUUUCAGAAGUGCUCAAAUUUAGUAGCAUGAACCACCCAAAAGCAUUACAGGAAGUUCAGUUUCUGCUGCAUCUGAAAGACGUGGAAAACAUUCAGGCAUUUUCAGAUGAAUUUGACAAAAGGAGUCAUGGAAAUCCAAGUGACACCCAAGGGUUUUAUGAAAGUCUCUCCAGCCCUACAUUAGGAGUGCAUGAAAUGAAUAUUGGCCUGAUCCUCUUCCAAGUGGCCAUGGGGGACAUCACCAAAGAAGCAGCAGAUGUGAUUGUCAAUUCAACAUCAAACACGUUUACUCGCAAAUCAGGAGUCUCCAAAGCAAUUUCGGAAGGUGCAGGACCAAGUGUGGAGAAUGAAUGUUCUGUCUUGGCUAAGAAGAGAGUACUGAAAAAGAGAAAGCACCAGAUGAUAAUUAAUGGCAAACCUGUGACCAUUUUCCUGAAAACCACGAAAAAGCCAGUGGAGGAUCCAAGAUCCAGAACUCCAUCUUUGACACAGCCAGCUGAGUUUCCAACACUCAGAAAUUUAUCUUUGAAACUGCCAGCUGAGACUACAAGCUCCACACCUCCGUCUGUAACACAGACAGCUGACGCUUCAAGCUCUAGAGCUAAGAAGAGAGUUCUGAAAAAGAGAAAGCACCAGAUGAUGAUUGAUAGCAAACCUGUGGCCAUUUUCCUGGAAACCACGAAAAAUUCAGUGGAGAAUCUGAGACCCAGACUUCCAUCUUUGACCGAGUCUCUGUAUGAAGCACUAUUUGAUGAAGACCUUGGUUAUAAUUCUGAUGACACUAUUGUCCAGAUGACGUCCUACGAUAUCCAGAAAGGGAACCAGCCAGAUGGAACCAUGACUUUCACCACUUCAAGACAGUCACUUCCUGGUUAUGAAGACUGUGGCACAAUUGAGAUUCAAUACAUUAUGGGAAGUGGCAUCCAAACAAAUGAGCACCCAAACCCAGGAAAGCCUUAUAGUGGAACACGACGAACUGCAUACUUGCCUGAUACUCAGGAGGGAAGACACGUCUUGGGUCUGCUCAGAGAAGCCUUUAAGAACAGGCUGAUUUUCACAGUAGAGGACUCUCGAGUACCAGGAGUGUCUGAUGUCGUUACAUGGAAUGACAUCCAUCAUAAAACAUCCACGUUUGGAGGACCAGGAAAUUUUGGCUACCCUGAUCCUCAUUACCUGACACGUGUCAAGGCAGAGCUGAAAGCAAAAGGAAUUGAGUAAGAAAUGCGCUGGGAAGAUGUCUGUGCACUUUCAAAAGAAGUGUGUUAGGAGGCUGCAAUAGGUCAGGCCUCAAUCUUUUUGUAGAAUAAACUUUAUAACAGUUUUCAUGUUAAGAAGAUGUAGUU